AUGGCGAGCCCAAGGAGACACACAGAUGACUGGGUUCUGCAACCUUUCUGCAAUAAGCCACCGAAGAGUCAACCACACAUAUUCUCUCCCUGUCUAUGGACCCUUCUCCUCUUCUUGCUCAUGGGGCAAGGAGCCUCUGAAAAGGACUCAGCCUCAACAGUGGUGAAAGGCAUUCUAGGGGGUUCAGUGAUUCUCUCCCUGAACAUUUCAGUGGAUGCAGAAGUUGAGCGUAUCACCUGGAGUGGUCCCAAAGAUGCUAUUGCUUUAGCAUUCCCAAGUGGAGAGAUUUUGUUGUUAGACAAAAGCUACCAAGGGCGAAUAGACAUCCCAGAAAACAACUCUUUGUCUAUUAACAAGCUGACUCUGAAAGAUGCUGGUUCAUACAAAGCCCGGAUAAACCAAAAGGGAUCUGAAGACAUCAAUGAGAGAUUCAUCUUAUAUAUCUAUGAACAGCUGCAGGAGCCCCAAGUCACCAUACAGUCUGUGAACGUGUCUGAGAACGCCUCCUGUACCAUCACCCUGGUAUGCUCUGCAGAGGGGGCAGGCGGAGAUGUUCAGUACCAAUGGACUUCGAGAGAGCCUCGUGCUUCUGAAUCCUGGGGGGACCCUACUCUCAUCGUCUCCUGGUUGCCCUGUGACGCAGACCUACCAUACACCUGCACAGCCAAGAACCCGGUCAGCCAGAGCAGCUCCUACCCUGUCCAUGUCUCGCAGUUCUGCACAGAUCUAGGAGCCUCCCGAGGAGGAUCAAUGGGGGAGACGGUGCUAGGGGUCCUGGGGGAGUCCAUCACCCUGUCCCUGGCACUCCUGGACAGUCAGCACGUAGACAAUGUUGUCUGGAUGUUUAACACGUCUAUUAUCAGCAAAGAGUGGAGAGGAGAAGGAAUAGCCAAUCAACUCAUUGAGUUCAAGAAUCCGGAUCAGAGCACAGUGUGGGUCUCAACCAAGACUACUCUCUAA